AUGCUUCCUCAUAGUUAUGUUUUAAUGAAUAAAACAUGUCGGGGAGUAUUAUUAUCAUUAAAAGUGGUACGGAACGUUUCUAAAAGUUUUAAUACUAGUUUUAUAAAUGAGUGUGAAAGGAAGAAUGGACUUUUGUUACGGAUAUCAUUAAAUCCACAUUAUAAACAAUGCAGAAGAUUAAGUGGUAAUACAAGGCCAAAAAUUUCGGACUGGUGGAAAAGAUUUGUAACCUAUGUGAGUGAACCUAUUUCAAAUAGAUUUGAAGUUUCAUCCAUGGAAAAUGUUUACAGAUUUGAUGGAAUUAAAAAGAAUGAAUGGAUUUUAAUUUAUAGGGAUUUGUUUGCUUCUCGAUUAUCAACUAUAUUUUCAAUUUCUUUCCCUGCACUUGCCGUUUUUUGUGUUUUUCUGUUAUUUGAUACUUUUCUUAAUAAAAAUCCUAAGGAUAGACUUCAAAUAACCCGUCGUUUAAAUCAUGAUUGUGAGGAAUUGGUAUUGCUUUUAAGAAUUAAUUAUUUGAAACCAUUAAGAAUUUAUCAGUCUAUCUCUAAUCCAGAUAAUUAUAUUAUUGUGACACCUCAAUUAGGAAAAUCUCAUAAACAAAUAAAUUUUAUGCGUAAUGAACCAAAUAAUAAAAAAUACUUAAUAGAUGUGGAUUUAGAUGGUUUUGAUAUUUCUGAUAGUGAAACUUUAAAGAAAAUUUUUCAAACUAUGUUUUAUGGAAAUUCAUACAUUGCCAAUAGAAAAUUUUUAUUUGAUGACGAUUGUUGGAGGUCUAAUGAAAUAAGAAAUUUUAUGUUUAGUAAUAGUUAG